AUGACUACGGAAGCAUCGGAUCUGCCCACAGCGUGGCCAACUGUCCAGACCUUCGCCAUGGACAUCGCAAACGACAGUACGCCGACUGCGUACGACAGCACGCCGACCUCAUACGACAGCACGCCGACCGCGUACGACAACUUUACAACCCCUGCAGCAAGCCUGUCCCCGGCGACUUACAUCUGCGUGGCAGAACUCUUCGCAACCGGAUUCGCCCUCAUCAGCUGCAUCGGUACCAUCGGCAACCUGUUGGUCAUCACGUCCCUCCUGGUCAACAAGAAGCUGCGCACGUCCCUGAACGCGUUCAUCACCAGCAUGGCGAUGGGCGACCUCAUCUUCGCCGGCGUACACGAGCCUCUCUCCGCACAGGCCCUGGCGCGGGGAGGUCUGACCUACCGGCCGGGGCUCUGUACAGUACUGGGGGCCGCAACCGUGGCGAGCGCCAGCCAGUCUCUCAUAGCGUCCACCCUGAUCGCCGUCAACCGCUUCAUCCUGAUAGAGUAUCCGUACACGGUGUACAAGAAGGUGUUCACGCCGUGUAACACGUUCUUCAUGAUCGCCGGGUCCUGGACGCUGUCCAUCCUGGUUGUCCUCCCUCCGCUGCUGGGGUUCGGGCAGCUCGGGUACAACCGUGCCUCGGCCAUCUGUGACUUCGCCGUGGACAACCCGUCAACUUUCACCUACUUCAUGACCAUUCCCGGCGUCCUGGUCUUCCUGUCAAACGGUGUCACCGUCGUCUGCUACUUAAAGAUAUACCAGAAGGUAAAGCAGAGCGCAGCGAACGCACACCGCGGCCCGGGCCCGAACACCGGGGGCGGCCGGCGGCAGGUCCCGGGGAAGGUCCUGCACCAGACCAAGCACAUGUUCGUCAUGUUCGUCACCUUCUGCGUCUGCACAACGCCCUACUCCAUCUUCUACACUAUGGACAGAGACAUGAAACUCUCACCGUGUCUCUGGCAGACUCUCACCUUCCUCUUCGCCUGCAACAGUUCCAUCAACCCCGUGAUCCACACGUGCCGCAGCCGGGACUACAGGAACGCGUUCCGCCACAUCGUGUGCUGCGGGAGGAGGCGGAGACCGGCCCACGUCGCCAAGGCCCGCAGGAUCACCGUGGAGGAACAGAGGAACGUCCCGGCGGCAAAGAACACCCGCGCACCGGCGGGGGCCCGGCCGGGACCCGGGGGCAGCCCGCCGUCGGAUUCUACAGACACCAGCCCGCUGCAGCAGCAGAGAGGCAGCAUCGCGGUCACUCACCGUUCAGGACAGCCAGUGUCUAGACAUUCCACUGGGUACAGGACCGGUUUCCAUGGCGGCAGAGUAGAGCUUUUCGAGGAGCUUCCCGGAGUUAGCGUGUGA